CGGCCCCGCCGUGACCCCCGCCCCGGGCCGCCGAGGGACCACCAGGCCGCGAGGCUGGGAGCGGGGUGCCCGGGUCCCUGGCGGGGGGUGGGGGUCCCCAAAGGGGCCGAAGUCCGUCCUCCCGGCAGGUGCCGCUGCCCCUCCCCCCGCCUGCUCCCCGGGCGUUGCCGCGGGGACGGGGACUGGGCCAGGAGAGAAGGAGCCUCGCCCAGGAGCGGGGAGAGCCGGGCACGGGCACCCAGGUGAGGGACCCAGGAGUCCAGCCUCCCGUCCCCGCCCCUCCUGACACGCACGGCUCAGGUGGAUGCCUUCACCAUGCCCGGCCCUGGGUUCCCCCGGGCCCUGCCCCGGCUUCUGCCCCGGCUCCUCUUCCUACUCGUGUUUCCCGCCGGCUCUGGCGGCUUCUUCCCGAACAUCUGGAGCCUGGUGGCGGCCCCGGGCUCCCUGAGCCACCAGGACCUGACGGAGGAGGCCGCCCUCAACGUCACCCUGCAGCUCUUCCUGGACCGGCCCCGGCCCGGGGUGCCCCCCAUCGCGGCUCAGGACUUCCAGGGCCGGACACUUCUGGCCGACGAGCUGUUCGCCGCCUACUUCGGAGCCGGCGCUCCGUCCCGCCGUUUCCGGGCAGCGGUGGCUGAGGUGUCGUGGGCCAACGCCGCUCAGGACUUCCUCCAGGCCACCCGCCUCGAUCCCGUCCUCCAUUUUGACGCGGAGCGGCUGGGCCCCGGCCGGGCCUGGCUCCUGAGGACGCUGGACGAGGUGCUGGCGGCCACGCGGACCCUCGACUUCCCCCUGGCCCGCCGGCGGCUCGGGGCCCUGCUCCACGCCCUCCAGGACUUCUACAGCCACAGUAACUGGGUGGAGCUGGGGGAAGAUCGACCCCACCCGGAUCUCCUGCGAACUAGACCCGAGCUCCGAAACCUGGCUCAGGCGGGGGAUGAGACCUGCUCGGAUUGCGACAGCCUAACCUGUCCUGGGAACCUGCUGGGCUCCAGGCUCCUCACUUCGGGCUACUUCGGAGUCGACCCCCCGAAACCGCCAGGGAAGUGCAGCCAUGGGGGCCAGUUUGACCAGAGCAGCUCCCAGCAUCCCCGCGGAGGCAUCAACAAGGACAGCAGCUCUUGGCUCUUCUCCCCCCACCACGCCCUGCACCCCGCGGCCGCCCACCUGGCCCAGGAGGCUUCCAUCCAGGCCCUGACCAUGCUCCGGGGUCGCUUGGGAGAUGGGGACUUCUCCAGGCUCCUGGACAUCACCCCGGCCAGCGGCCUAACCUUCGUGUUGGACACCACGGGGUCCAUGGGGGAGGAGAUCAACGCGGCGAAGGUCCAGGCCCGGAGCAUCAUUGACCAGCGUCGAGGGGGGCCUCUGGAGCCCUCGCAUUACAUCCUCGUGCCCUUCCACGACCCCGGAUACGGCCCGGUCUUCCAGACCAGCGACCCCGAUGUCUUCUGGAAGCAUCUCAACGAGCUCGAUGCCCUGGGAGGCGGAGACGAGCCGGAGAUGUGUCUCUCAGCUCUCGAGCUGGCCCUGCUGCACACGCCCCCGUUCUCCGACAUCUACGUCUUCACCGACGCCUCCCCCAAGGACGUCCACCUCAGCAACCGCGUGGAGGCCCUGAGCCAGGAGCGGCACUGUAGGGUGACGUUCCUGGUGACGGAGGACCCGUCGAGGUGGGGGGCCCGCACCCGCCGGGAGCUCCUGCCCCCCGAGAGGUUCGACCCGUACGUGGCGCUGGCGGCGGCCUCGGGAGGCGAGGUCAUCUUCACCCAGGAUCAGCACAUCAGGGACGUGGCGGGCAGCGUCGUGGGGGACGGCGCCGCGGACGUGGUGACCCUCCUCCAAGUCCGGACUCUGGGGGUGUCGGGGACCCCAGGGACCCCCCUCAGCUUCUGGGUGGACAGGCUGGUCAGGGAGGUCAUGAUCCGAGUCUACGGGGAGCUCAGCGGUUUCCGCCUGCGGGACCCCACGGGGGUCUGUCAGACGGAGGCGGAGGGCCCGGGCCCCCUGGCUCACACCCGCCGCUUUGGCCAGUUCUGGGCGGCCGCACUGCUGGACCCGCCGCGGCCCGGCGCCUGGGGGCUGGAGGUGACCGCCACGGGGAACUACGGCGUCAGGGUCCAGGCCCACACGACCCUGGAUUUCCUCUUCUACUUCGGGGCCCCGAUGGAGGACGGGCCUCACCCCGGCAUCUACCCCCUCAGCCAGCCCGUCACCGGUCUCCCUGCAGUGCUGCUGGUGGAGGUGGCGGGGGCAGAGCCGGGCCCGGGGGCUCCCAACCUGACCCACGCCGUCCUGCGGGGCCCCGGGGGCGCCGAGCUGGGCCGAGUGCCCCUGAGCCCGGCCGGGAGCCCGCGCCGCGACCUGCUGUCCGGCCCGCUCCCCCCGACCCUCCCCUCCCACGAGCCCUUCUCUCUGGAGCUGGUGGGCCGGGACGGGGGCGGGCAGGCCCUGCGGCGAGUGGCCCCCCAGCGGCUCUUCGUGGCCCCCGUCCUGGUGGAGCUGAGCCCCGCCGGCCCCCCGGGCCCCGCCGCCCGCCUACUGCUCUGCGUCUCCAGCUUCUCCGGCCCCCGGGAGCUGCUCCUCACGGCUGCCGCCGACCGCGGCUUCGCCGUCCGCUCCAACCUCUCCCGGGUCCAUCUCGGGAAGAACGAGACGGCCUGGGGCGAGCUGAGCCUGCGGCCCCCCGGGUCGGUCGCCCCCGACUCAGUGGUGACGGUGACGGUGACCGUCUCUGUGGGGGCCGGGCCCUCGCCCCCCAUCCACGCCUUCCUGCAGCUGCUGGUGCAGCCCCCCGAACGGGUGAGAUGUCCCCCGCUUCAUCCGGGCUCGGCCUCUGGUUCCGGUCGUCCACAACGGCUCCCCUUCCCCCUGCGCCCGCACCGGCGACGGGUGGGUCGGGUGGGCCGGCUGACCUCCGCCACCUCUCCCCCCGACCCCUCGUGUCUUCUGCCUGCCCCCCCAACCCCCCAGGAUGCUUCGCGGGGCCACACUUCCGUUCCAGAGGCAGCGGCUUCUCCGGUGCAAGGCGGGCCGCCCCCCGAGCCCAGCGUGGGGGCCGGGGGGGAGCCGGGCGUGGGGCUCAGUGGGGCGGGGGAGGCUGCCGGGGGCGGCCCGCUGGGGCCCCUGGUGUGGCUGGGGGUAGCCCUCGGGUGUCUGGGGGGUCCGCUCUAG